AAACUGAUCACCAAUCUCAAUGGUAACGUAUGUGUCAAAAUGUUUACAUAUGAAUAAAGAUCAUACACCAGGUAUAAUUUUUCUUUUAUUAUGAAUAAUUAAAGAUGAACAGCCUCGGUUUAAGCUUAAUUUUAAAAAUGGGCUGUAUAUGCUCAAAAGAAACGAUAACUGUAAACUCAAGAAAUUACACGGUUCGUGAACAUCUUGGAGAAGGUGGAUUUAGUACUGUAUUAUUGGUAGAAGAUACAACAAUUCACAAGAAAUAUGCCAUUAAAAAGAUCAUUUGUCAUGGAUUGGAAGACCAAAGAUUAGCAGCAAAAGAAAUAGAAUACUAUAAUCUUAUAAAACAUCCAAAUAUUAUAGAGUGCAUCGAUUCUACUUAUAAAGAGACAGUAGAUUCUAUUGUUAAUGCGACUAGUGAAGUAUUAAUUGUUUUACCAUAUUAUCAUAGAGGAACUCUUGCAAAUGAAUUAGAAAGACGUGCUAAAAGUAAAGAUUAUAUGAGUGCACCAGAUAUUUUAAAUAUAUUUUUACAAAUAUGUGAAGGUGUAAAAGCAUUUCAUGAAGCAAAGCCAGAACCACUUGCUCACAGAGAUCUAAAGACUGCGAAUAUAGUACUUGACGAUGGAAAUACUCCCAUCAUAAUGGAUUUAGGUUCUGUAGCACCAGCCAGAAUUAAAAUAUGUGGUUCACAAGCAGCACAAACUUUGCAAGAUAUAGCAGCAGAAAGAUGUUCAAUGCCAUACAAAGCACCAGAAUUAUUCAAUGUUGAAAGUUAUUGUAUGGUAGAUGAACGAACAGAUAUUUGGUCUUUAGGAUGUAUUCUUUAUGCACUAUGUUACUUUAAAUCACCAUUUGAUGCAGUAUAUGAGAGAGGAGACAGUGUUGCUUUGGCUGUAAUGAGUGCAAAUAUUACAUUUCCAGAAGAUGCUCCAUAUACUGAGGAUAUGCAAAAUCUGAUUUUAACAAUGUUAAAGGUAAAUCCUAUGGAACGUCCAUAUAUAUAUAGCGUUAUAGAAAAUGUACAAGAUUAUAUCUUGAAAUUAGAAAACAAAGUAUAAUAUGUGUA